CGAGGACUUUUUGACAGCUAAGUAGAUAAAAGAAUCUAGAAACUACCAGCUGACAGUGCGCAGGUCGCUUAUGGCGAGAAUCCGAGUCAUAACCUCCAAUGUUUUGAUUUGACACUUGUGUCGGCAUAACUUUAGUCGUUAGUCAAUGAGUUUGUACGUUUUGUUUUGAUUCCUUACAUUGGGGGACGUAUGUUUGUAAAAAAAUGUAUCUUUUAAAAAGGAGAGGAGUAUGCAUUACUGUAGCCCUAAGUCUCAAUUUUUUUGUGAUGCACGUAAUGGCAGAAUCAGCUGGUGAUGCAACUAAAACAGAUAAGGGCAAGAGUAAUAAGGAGGUACAAAAAGCAGCAAAACUUCCACCAUGUGCUGCUUGCAAAGCUCUUACAGACUCAUUUAAAAAGGGUGUGGAAAGUACAGCUCGGGGGAAAUUUGAAGGUGGUGAUUCAGCAUGGGAGGAGGAAAAAAUGAAAUCUUAUAAGACGUCUGAAAUUCGUCUUAUAGAGAUCCAAGAGAAGCUCUGUAAGGAUGUAGAUCGUGGUCAGAAACAAUGUGAGUCUAGUGCAGAAGAACAUGAGGGUCUCCUGGAAGAUUGGUGGUUCCGAGAGCAAGAUAAAGAACCAGAUCUUCAUGCAUGGCUAUGUAUUGACAAGUUGAGAGCAUGUUGUCCUCCUAAUCAUUAUGGCCCCCAGUGUCUUCCCUGUAAAGGAGGAACUGAGACCCCUUGUGGAGGCAAUGGGAAAUGCAAGGGUGCCGGAACAAGAAAAGGCAGCGGAGAAUGUGCGUGUAACCCAGGUUAUGGAGGAGAGCUUUGUGACUCCUGCACAUAUGGUUAUUUUCAGGCUUACAAAGAUGACACAAAAAUCCUUUGUGAACAGUGCAACAAAGCUUGUAAUGGACCAUGUAGUGGGCCUGGCCAGAAGUCAUGUGUGGCCUGUAAAGAUGGAUGGUACAUGGAUACUGAACAUGGUUGUGUGGAUGUAAAUGAGUGUGUUACCGAAAAAGCCCCUUGCAAGAAGAAUCAGUUCUGUAUCAACAACGAGGGUACUUACACUUGCCUUGAAUGUGACAAGGCAUGUGAAGGAUGCACUGGUGAUGGUCCAGAUAUGUGCUUGGAGUGUGCUGAGGGUUUCAUCAGGGAAGGCGACAUGUGUAUUGACAAUGGUCCAAAGGAACGCGAGAGGCAAAUGGCUUUUGCUCGGUAUGUUACAUACGCAGGCCUUACACUGGCCACAUGCAUUAUUCUUCAGAAGAACACCGUUAUAGCUGCUAUAAUUGGUAUAUGUGUGGCUAUUUACAUAAGUUUUUCAGAAUACUAUCUCAAAGAUACAACAGUACCACCAGUGACACCUCAGCUUCCUUUGUCAAUGCUCUCAUCUCAGAACAUGAAAGAUUGAAAGUGGAUGUAGAGGUCUUUAGAAUAAAUGAGAGUUUGUAUAUACUGUACUGUGAUUUUUAUUCUAAGAUGUGUUCUGUGUGGGUACUGUGUUGUAGACUUGGAAUUACUGGACUUGAGAUCUUGAAAAUAUGCCCUUAAUGUAAGUUUGAAAUAGUGAUAAAAAUGUAAAAGUGUAAGAAUCAGAGGCAUUAUGAUGUGGUUUUUCUUUUCAAUGUAUUCAUGGAUUGGAUAUUUGGCAAACAGGGAAUUAUAAAAAGUCUUGUAUUGGUGAUGUUGCACAAACUGCAGGAUUUUUUUCUGCAUCUAUGUUUCCAUGUCAACUGAUAGAUAUAGGUAUACAUGAAUUGCACCGCAAAUUCUCCAUUUACACAGUUACUACUGGGGCAUCAACAAAAACCAUAUUUCAGUAUGUACAGUAUAUCAUUCUAACUGUUAAGAACUGUACAGCAGUUGGGAUGAUCUGAUAUUAUUUCUGCUUUAGAUAAAAUAUACUUUAUCAGCACUCCACAAUAUGUCUGAUGCCUUUCAUCACAUUGAUCAUCCACAAGUUUUUAAAGAUAGUAAAUUUUAACUGCUAGUAAAUACACAUUGUUGUAUACGUAAUUGUUUCCAGUAUAGUAUGAAUAUCAAACAACUUGGGUCUCCUUUGGUAGAACUUGAAAAGUUAGUUAUUUUGAUUGUUGCAACACUAGGAAUAAGCUUUAGUUUGAAGUACUUAAUAUAGUUACAUAUUUAUAGAAAAAAAUUGAAACUGUAAAACUGUAAUGUGUUGUUACUCAUUUAAAUAGGACAUUAAAGAAUUUUUGUUAAUGUAUGGUUACUUUUGAUACCAAUGGGAUCAUAAUUUGCUCCAUUUUAAAAGCAGUUGAAAAAGAGCAUUUCAGGAACCAGCAUACAUUAACAUAAUGUAAUUAUACAUUUUGUACAAGAUAGCUAUGACAGGGAUAUAAACUGCACAAAUCUUAUUAUGUUCACAAGAGGGAAUCUGAAAAGACAUUCCAUGAAGUUACAAUGUUUUGUGUAAUGUUUUGUAUGUGGGACUGUGAUGAUGUAAUUUAGAGACCUCUGGGAUUUGAUUAUCUUGAAAAGUAAUGGUAGCAGUUGUGUAGUCGAAUAUCUCUUAGUAAGCAAGUAAGCUAGAAAGUGGAGGUGUGGUAAGCUGGGAGUUUCAAUAGUACAAAUUGUAAGAGGAGGGAAGUUAACUUACCACCAACCCUACAAGGUGGAUGCUCAUUUAGGAAGACGUCAGCUUAAGUGAUAACUUUAUUUGCCAAGAAUUUUAUUAUCUCACAUGAGGGAAGGAUAGAGUUUGAAUUUAUGCAGUUUAGAGUAGACAAAAAGGAAGUCAUUAUAGUAUGUUAUCCAAUUUCUCUUAAAAGAAUUGAUGUUGCUUGGACAUUCAUGAUGUUUACCCUUAUGAUGUUUACAGCCUCUUCAUUCUUCUUGUGCUUAAUGCUUAAUAUUUUAAUGAGGUUGAUAAAUGUGUCAAGAGUGCAUGUUACUUUUUGUUUAUUGUCUGCUUUGGUUUUCAACUUUCUUAAACUGCAUAAACCUUGAGACUGAGAAGUUGCUGUCUUUCUCAUUUCUGGCUUUCCUGAUUGGUAUACUUGCAUGGGAAAUAAACUUUUAUUUGCUGUUACGGUAUUCUGAUUAUUUUACACUUAAUUUGCAAAGGAAUAUUUUGCAGUAGCCUCAGAUGUGUUGAUAAGUUUUAAUUAUAAUUUUGGGGAGCUGAAUGAAAAUAGUUCCUCUGCAAGUUCACUUCAUGAAAGUUAAUUGCAAAAGUUUCUUUUAUUCCAAUGCUCAUAAAUGUUCAGAAUACACAAUAUGCCAGUACAAUUUAAGGAAGUGGACAACUGAUUGCGAACAAAUUUCUUUUUUGGGGGAGAUGUGUUUUGUACAAUUUUUGUGGGCUGAAUAGACUUGUAUUUAUAUAUAAAUUUUACCUUGUGUGUUGGUAUAAAGAAUAUUCCUGACAAUUUGAUUAUGAUUCAGCACUAAGUGGAUGAAACCAAAGUAACAAUUGAAGCCUUUUACAUGUUAUGUAUUAAAAAUUAACAAUAUUUCACACACAAUUCUGAAAAGAAUGAACUUAUCAGUGUAGUUACAGUGUCGAUUAAAUAUGAGAAUUCUUGAUUUACAGUGCUUAGUUUAUAUACUUUGAUCACUAGGUGGUUUUAAUAGACAAUUUUUUUGUCCCGUAGAACUGUUCUUUAUUAACUAUAGUACAGGUAGUGUAUUGCAGUCAUGUUUGAAAUUUAAUGUAUUUUAUUUCUUGAAAUUUUUAAUGCAACUUACUUAAAAAUUGUUGAAAACUGCAAAAGUCUACUCCAAAGGACAAUGAAAGUAUCAAUUAUCCUUAAUUAUGACACUUCUCUUGUAUCACUGAACUAAUUUGCUAUGAAUUAAUCCUCAAAACAUUUUGGUUUGAUUUAUUUAAUGGAUGAUGUUUAAAGUUGACAAUAUAACAUUUUAAAAGAUCAGAGUUUAGCCAUCUGUUUAAUUUGGUGAGAGUUGACUGAAUGAUACUGCAUAAAAAUUUGAGCAGAAGAAAUAGUUAUGCUCAGACAUUC